AAAAAUUCCAUUCCAAGAAAAUCUACUGCGUAUAUCUACCGGAAAACAAAAAUUAUAAAAUAAACAAAUUUUUAAUAAUUUUCAUUGCAUUAAUUGUUAACAAUUAAACUUUUGAAAACUUGAAAAUAUUCUUCUACAUCACAAUCAAACUUUAGUCAAUUGAAAUUACAAAAUCUAUCAAAUUUUGUCCAACUUUUUGGUGCUCUCUUAAUUUUUUUUGUUCAAAUAGAGACGCGCUUUUCUUAAGAAGAUUCGAGAGCUGCUAAGAAAUCAAGGAAAAAGUAUUUCCUUCAUGUUUCUUAUGCUGCAAAUGGAAAAUGAGCAGCCAAAGUCACCAUAAAAUGUCAGGUCAUACACCAAAAAAGCAACGCACCGAUGAAAUUGAAUUAACUGAAAGAUUCUCUGAACAAAUGGCUCAGUUAUGCAUGUCAGAUGAUUACUCCGAUGUUGCGUUUAUUGUUGAAGAUCAACGUUUGCCAGCACAUCGAGUAAUUCUGGCUGCCCGAAGUGAAUACUUCCGGGCUUUGCUUUAUGGCGGUCUCUCGGAGACUAAUCAAAGCGAAAUUAAGUUGAAAAUACCCUUGGAGGCAUUCAAGGCACUCCUCAAAUAUGUUUAUUCAGGACACAUGCCCCUUUCUCAAAUGGGUGACAAUAAUAUUCUUGAUACUUUGGGUCUGGCCAAUCAGUAUGGCUUCACUGAAUUGGAAUUGGCUAUAUCAGAGUAUUUGCGACAGUAUUUAUCGCUGUCGAAUGUUUGCGCUAUUUUGGACGCAGCAAGAUUGUACAAUUUGGAGAAACUUGUUAAAGUUUGUUUAACAUUUAUGGAUCGAAAUGCUGCAGAAAUACUUCAACAUGAAACAUUUCGAGGAUUGUCAAAGGAAUCUUUAGAAGAAGUUCUGAGACGAGAUUCAUUUUUUGCACCAGAAGUUCAGAUAUUUGUUGCUGUUAAUGAAUGGUGCAAACAGAAUUCAAAUAUUGAUGUUGCGUCGGUUGUGUCGUAUGUCCGUCUACCGCUGAUGCACCUCGAACAUCUCCUACAAGUUGUUAGACAAUCUGGGAUCCUUGAACCCGAUAAACUUCUCGAUGCUAUCGAAGAACAAACAACAUCCAAAUGCCUACCCUAUCGUGGAGCACUGUGGCCUGAAGAAAACGUUGCCACCGAAAAAUUUGGCUCUGUUACAGUUAUAGGUGAAUGUCGAUCAGCAUUGCUCGAUGGCGAUACAACUUCCUAUGACAUGGAAAAAGGUUACACUCGCCACUGCAUUACAGAACAAAACAAUAGCGGCAUUACCGUUGAACUUGGCAACAAUUGCAUUAUCAAUCACAUCAAAAUGUUGCUUUGGGAUCGAGACAAUCGCGCUUACUCCUACUUUAUCGAAGUAUCAGUCAAUCAAACCCACUGGGAUCGUGUAAUUGAUUACACCAAAUAUUAUUGCCGCUCGUGGCAGUAUUUAUAUUUCCAACCAAGAGCUGUGCGUUACAUAAAACUAGUUGGGACGCACAAUACUGUCAAUAAAGUAUUCCAUGUUGUCUGCCUCGAAGCCAUGUACACAGCCAAUAUGCCAAAAGUUAUCGAUGGAUUUGUUGCUCCAACAUCGAAUAUUGCCACAAUUGAAAUGAGCGCCUGGGUUGUUGAAGGUGUAAGUCGGACGAGAAAUGCUCUGCUCAAUGGAGACUAUGUCAACUAUGACUGGGAUUCGGGAUAUACUUGUCAUCAAGUGGGCAGUGGAGAGAUCCUCGUUCGAUUGGGUCAACCUUAUUAUAUUGGAUCAAUGCGUUUGUUACUUUGGGAUUGUGACGAACGCAAUUAUAACUUUUACAUUGAGACUUCUGUCAAUCAAAAGGAUUGGCAAAUUGUCGUUGACAAACGCACGGAAUCGGCCAAAUCAUGGCAGAACUUUUCAUUCCCUCCCAGGCCAAUGGUAUUCAUUCGGAUUGUUGGAACAAGAAAUACAGCUAAUGAGAUUUUCCAUUGUGUACACUUGGAAUGUCCAUCCCAGGAUCCUCUAUUCCUUCAGCAAGAAAAAGAGCGACAGCGUGCCAGUUCGAAAUCCUCUGAAGAAGAGAAUCUAAUUCAACUGGUUGACAUUGUAAAACCAUCAAAACCAUUUGUUCCAGAAGGAAGCGUAUCUGAGGCGUCUACAGCAAGCUACUGCGAAGAUAGUGAUUAAAUGAAGAUAUUCCAAAAUAAUCUAUAUAAAUAAAUAUAAACCUGUACCAAAUGUAUUGAUACCAUUUCCAGAGGUCAAACCGUUAGAUAAUAAGCGGACAAGCAGAAGAAAACAAACUAAAAAACAAAUAAAACCAA